AUGCCCCUCCGUCCCCCAAGCAGCCCCCGGCUCAAGGAUCUCCCGACUCCACACGGCGGUGCAGCGCGGUUGGUCCAUGGAGCAUCCCGUGCCCACGAGCUCCCCCGGAGCCGGAGCCGGAGACCCCGCGACCCGCCGUCCCCUCCCCCGCACGAGGAGGAGGAGCAUCUUGCUGAACCUGGAUCAUCAUCUGCACAAACUCUGCAAGCACCGUCCUUGAAUGAGUCGCCCAGCGCUUCGUCGGUGUGGGAGGAAUUGCGUGUCGCUGUCGCUUCCUCCGCCUUUUCGCAGUCGGAGGCAGUAGCUCCUGACUCGCCUAUUUUUUCCCGGCUACCGCGUGACUGGGGGCUCCAAUUUUACAUCAGGGUGGAUCUUUCAGGAUCUUUCCACACAUAUCCUCGUUUGGGUGGGCCAUUCAAGAGCUUAGAGGAAGCCGACAGUGCUAUUGAUCGCCAUCUGCACGACCGCCGGGUCACCAAAAUGUGCCCGGAGCAAGGCAGCGUUUCUCGACUGGAUAAGGUCGUACAACAAUGUCUUUACUGGCCCGAUGGCAGAAGGAAGAAGCGUUCAAAAUCUCAUGUGAUUGAGCAAAGUCAUAAUCGAAUGUGCCUAUUGGCUCAAGCUCUAGUAGACAAGUAUAACGAGAAUCACAAUCUUUUGGGGGAUCUUGCACAUGAGUUCAAAGACGUUGUGCAAUAUCAAUCAAUUUGCGAGAACCGUGUGUGGUACUAUCAUCUCAAUAUCACUACAAGGGCUAAAGGAGCUGAUGGUUUCUCCCAUGGCAUCGAUGAUCUAUUCUUCACGGAAGUCAAACGUGUGCGACAGGGACAACAUGAGGAAUUGGUGGUCAGCUGUUUCUGCAUGCUCAAACCGACUGAUAACGGUUGCUGCUAUGGCUGUACCAACAAUGGAUCUCCUGAUAUGAAGCACCCCAGCAGCACUGAUAAAUACAUUGCUGGUCACUUGAACGGAUAUUUGCCAUUUGGAUGCCGUAGGGAGUUUAGUGACUCUGAUGAUGAGGAGGAAGCUGAGGCUAAGCUAAGAGAUAUGUAUGAGGGCCUUGAUGAGCCAGACUUUCUGGAGAAACUCUUCACAUUUCCCACUUAUGUAACUCUGAGGAAAGACACGAAGGGAACCUGA